AUUUUAAAGGCUCUGCAUCCCGGGCUUAUCACCCCAAAGAGGAACAACCAGGGAAGCAUUUGUGGGUUUGGUUUUUUUUUUCCUGCACAGGCAACAGAUAGCUAUAACUUGUGUUCCCCUUGUCCCUGCUCCCUCUCCCACCGCCCUCGAGCCUUGUCCUCCUACCAGAGCAGAAGUAUCAACUCCAACAUACUCCUAUUGCGAGAGAAGCCCACUUGCUGUAUAAAUGGCACUAUGUGGAUCCUUUCUGGUUACAAAUCUUUCCAAAAAGAAAGAAACAUUUCAAGGUGGGGGUAGGAAAUGGCAUAGAAGAGAAAAGGUGAGUUUGAGUUUGCUUAUCACCAAGUAAAGACCCUGGGAUGCCGUGGAGACAUCACAGAACCGUUGGCACCAUGUCAAAAGAAGAGAAAGCAAGGGAGAGACUUGAGGCACUGAGGCCAGUCACGCCCCCAUCCCCCACCCCACCCCACCCCACCCCCGUGUUGUCCUGGCAUUGAUGAAGGGGAGGAGACAGCCAGUUCAGAGACCUGAAGAGCAGACUGUGGGUAUAAAAGGGUGAGGUGCCUCUCCUGCACCACCUCUCCCUUCUGAGAGAGCCUGGCCACUCUUUAUCAGGCCUUGCCUUCUGCCACCGGAAAGCCAGCUGCAGGGAAGGAUGAGUGAACAGUCUUUGAUUGGUGGUACUGAUGACGUCCAUCACGGUCUUCUUUGGAUAGACCCCUUUGGAAAUAAAGCCCGUGAGGCAGCAUCAGGAGGCUUCAGACGGCUAAGCUUGGCUCUGGCACACGGGUGGAAAGAACAGGACCCAGAGGAAGAGAUGGCCUUGGAAGACAGUCCCACCAUGGUUAAAGUAGACCGGGGUGAAAACCAGGUUUCAUCAUGUCGGGGGAGACGCUGCGGCUUCAGAAUGCUUGGCUAUGUCACUGGUGAUAUGAAAGAAUUUGCCAGCUGGCUUAAAGACAAGCCCGUGGUGCUCCAGUUCGUGGACUGGAUUCUCCGUGGCAUAUCCCAGGUGGUGUUCGUCAGCAACCCCAUCAGUGGAAUCCUGAUUCUGGUGGGACUUCUGGUCCAGAACCCCUGGUGGGCUCUCUGUGGCUGUGUAGGAACCGUGGUCUCCACUCUGACAGCCCUCUUGCUGAGCCAAGACAGCAAGUUUCAGCUUGCCCAUGUUGCCCUGUCACUGCCAAACAAAAGGCCCACCUUAUCUGCCAAGGAUGCUGGUGAAAACUACAUCUACCAAAUAGUGUUCUUUCCUCUUCCCGUAGCCCUGUUUACCGCCUACGUCGGAGCCUGUAUGACACACCUGAUGGCUGUGGUCCAUUUGCCCGCUGGAACUUGGGCCUUCUGUUUGGCCACGCUACCGUUUCUCUUGCUGACCACGAAAAACCCUGACAUCUACAGGCUACCUCUCAGCAAAGUCACCUACUCUGAAGAGAACCGCAUCUUCUACCUACAAAACAAGAAAAGGGUGGCUGAAAGCCCUCUGUAAAAGGAACCCCACACCAUAGCUGUGGUCACGAGUCAUUUCCAAGUGCAGCUCCAGAAGGCUUCCAGAUUCUCAGAAACUGCUUUUCACCACAGGAACGACUUUCAGACUAUCAGCGACCAACCCAUUCUUUUGCUUGCCUUGUGUUUUUCUUUUUGACUGUAUAUUGUCAAGCACAUGAACGCCUUGCCCAGGUGAUGUUCUCUGGAAUGGAAUUUAAACCCAUCUGUGUGCUGGGGGGUGGGGUAGCAUGAAGAUUGUAAUGUAUUUAUAAAGUCGACAUGUUCCAAGAGAAAGAAGAAAUGGAAGCAGAAUAAUUAUUAUUUAAAGCUACCUUUGAUGUCAGUAUUAAGCGUUAAGUUCUGUAGCCAUCUAAGCCUUACAGAACUCGGGCACGGAAACAAAGCCAACCCAAAGAGUCCUCAGAUCAACAGUUUGCUUUCAGAGUGAAGCCAAGCUACUCACAGCAGCUGUGACCAACAUUGCAGUGGGGUAGCUUGCCGGCAGGGCAGUGGCUUCUGCACUAUAUAGUAAGUGUGACGUUCUUGAUGAGAAUGAUUAGGCUUUUUUCAAGCUGCCAGAGCUGUGGGGAGGAUUUUGUUGGUCAAAAUAGUUUUGAAUUGCUGCUCUUGGCAUUUCAAAACUUCAGGGAGAGUUUAUUUAUUCUUCUUAUGAAAAAAAAAAUAAUUUUUUUCACUGAUAUGUUUGUAGCCAGCCAGUUCCUAGAAAUUAACUAAAAUAUGUAUGUACGGAAUACUUAGCGUAGUUGCUUUUACUUUAAUUAUUAUAUUAGCUUUUAGUUUGGGGGGGUGUUUGACAUAAGGUCUUGCUAUGUAGCUCAGGCUAGCCCAGAAAUCAGCGUCCCUCUGUUUCCAUUCCCCGAGCACUGGGACUAUGUGUUAGUUUUUUAAGUGUUUCAGAUACAUGGCAACGUCAUUAACCUCAGGAGCCUCUUACAGUCACAUUUUUAAUGAAUCUGAGGACAUCUAGGCACUGCUGUUAAGUCACACAUAGACUUCAAGAGUUCUUUUAUAA